AUGGAGGGCCACAAUUCGACGAUGCCGGACUUGGGCAAACCUCAGUCCGCCGCGCGGUCAUGGUUCGAACCUCUGCUUGUGGUUUCGAUCAUGAUCGCUUCGCUAUACUUCAACCGCGACCGAUCAUUCAGCAUAUUCCCUUCACGCGACCUCCGAAGCGACGACGCAAGCGAGUCGUUGAUCAAGAGCAAUGAGUACGAGGGAAGCAGAUCGUCGUCGAGGUCAACGAGUCCAGACCGGCCCAAGGACAGCGUCGAUAUCCAGCGAGAUGUAUCUCCAGCGCCAUGGUCGAGCGAGUCCUCAUCCCCCACGAGCAUGAACUUCCCUAGCCGAAUCCUGCAGAAGUUCCCCUUCCUGGUCGAGAUGUUCUACUGGGCCCUGAACUAUGUCGCAUACGCCUUCACGAAGCAAAUCGGCAUCGCGCUGUACUCGCGGAUGGGCGGCAACGAGGUGGCUGAGCUGGCUCAGAAACACGGCAUCGACAUCCUGACCUUCGAGCACGACACCCCUUUCCAGAUAUUCUUCCCCAUUACCGAAGUCGGCUUCCAGCAGUUCUUCUUGAAUGGCCAUCUCAAGAUGAUGACCUUCUUCAACCAAAUCUACUCCCUGGUCCAUAUCCCUGGCACAAUAGCAUUCCUGUCCUGGUACUACUACUCUGCACCCUCUCAUGACCUGUUCGCCAUUGCUCGCCGGACAAUGACCUUGGGUAACUUCUCUGCGUUCAUCGUCUUCUCUUUCUGGCCAUGCAUGCCACCUCGACUUCUCCCCAAGUCGUUUGGAUUUCGGGAUACCGUUCGCCAGGAUAAUGCCGAAAGUGUUUGGGUCGGGGGCGCCAAUGUGAACCAGCUGGCCGCGAUGCCGAGUCUGCACUUCACCUAUGCAUUUAUCAUUGGGUGUACUUUCCUUUUCCAGAGUGGAAUCCUCCAGGCCAUCAGGGGUCGACGGGCGCCGAAGAGUGCCAUCAAAAGCUUCAUUUACAUCGUGGCCGGUGUCCUCUACCCGCUCCUGGUACUAAGUGUGAUCGUGGCGACAGCAAACCAUUACUGGGCCGAUGCGGUGGCGGCGACCUUCAGCGUCUUGGUUUGCUUCUUCGUGAACCGAGUAUGGCUAGUCCUGCUACCGGUGGAGAGGUUGUUCUGCCGAAUCGUGCGACUGCGGAAACCGACCCCAACGACAGCAAAGUCGAAGAUGGCAGAGCGGCCGCGGAUCGUGGUGGACCUGGCAUAG